UCAAAUGACAGCAGUACAUAGGACAGUUUGUGACAUAUUUGACAUCAAAACAUGGGCUAGGUAAACUUUCAAGCCCCUGGCAGGUUUUCCUCUGCGGUACAGCAGGACCGCAAUGGGAGACGGAGCUGAGCCCAGCGCGACGUGGCCAGCGCGUUCCGUUAGCCGACAGGAUGGUCAGUGCCAACAAUAUGCCCAAGCAGGUGGAAGUGCGGAUGCUGGACAGCCACCUCAGCUCGGAGGAACCCAAGCACCGGAAUCUGGGCCUGCGCUUGUGCUCCAAGCUGGGGAAGAAUCUCCUGCUCACCCUGACAGUGUUUGGCGUCAUCCUGGGGGCAGUGUGCGGAGGGCUUCUUCGCUUGGCAUCUCCCCUCCACCCAGAUGUGGUUAUGUUAAUAGCCUUCCCCGGAGAUAUACUCAUGAGGAUGCUAAAAAUGCUCAUUCUCCCUCUGAUCAUCUCCAGCUUAAUCACAGGGUUAUCAGGCCUGGAUGCUAAAGCCAGUGGCCGCUUAGGCACAAGAGCCAUGGUGUAUUACAUGUCCACGACCAUCAUUGCAGCUGUGCUGGGGGUCAUCCUGGUCCUGGCUAUCCAUCCAGGGGAUCCCAAACUCAAGAAACAGCUGGGGCCUGGGACGAAGAAUGAUGAAGUGUCCAGCCUAGAUGCCUUCCUGGACCUUAUUCGAAAUCUCUUCCCUGAAAACCUUGUUCAAGCUUGUUUUCAACAGAUUCAAACAGUGACGAAGAGAGUCUCCGUGGCACCUUCGUCAGACGAGGAAGCCAAUGCGACCAGCACAGUUGUCUCUCUGUUGAAUGAAACCGUGACUGAGGCUCCUGAGGAGACGACGAUGGUUAUCAAGAAAGGCCUGGAGUUUAAGGACGGCAUGAAUGUCCUAGGUCUGAUAGGGUUUUUCAUUGCUUUUGGCAUUGCCAUGGGGAAGAUGGGUGAGCAGGCCAAGCUGAUGGUGGAAUUCUUCAACAUCUUGAAUGAGAUCGUAAUGAAGUUAGUGAUCAUGAUCAUGUGGUAUUCUCCCCUGGGUAUCGCCUGCCUAAUUUGUGGGAAGAUCAUUGCAAUCAAGGACUUGGAAGUGGUUGCUAGGCAACUGGGGAUGUACAUGGUAACAGUGAUUGUGGGCCUCAUCAUCCAUGGGGGCAUCUUUCUCCCCCUGAUUUACUUUAUAGUGACCAGGAAAAACCCCUUCUCCUUUUUUGCUGGCAUUUUCCAAGCUUGGAUCACUGCCCUGGGCACCGCUUCCAGCGCUGGAACUUUGCCUGUCACUUUCCGUUGCCUGGAAGAAAAUCUAGGGAUCGAUAAGCGUGUGACCAGAUUUGUCCUCCCAGUUGGAGCGACCAUUAACAUGGAUGGUACAGCCCUCUAUGAAGCAGUGGCCGCCAUCUUUAUAGCCCAGAUGAAUGGCGUUGUCCUGGAUGGAGGCCAGAUUGUGACCGUGAGCCUCACGGCCACCCUGGCGAGUGUCGGCGCAGCCAGCAUCCCCAGUGCUGGGCUAGUGACCAUGCUCCUCAUCCUCACGGCCGUGGGCCUGCCCACGGAGGACAUCAGCCUGCUGGUGGCUGUGGACUGGCUGCUGGACAGGAUGAGAACAUCAGUCAAUGUCGUGGGUGACUCUUUUGGGGCUGGGAUCGUCUACCACCUUUCCAAGUCUGAACUGGAUAAUAUUGACUCCCAGCACCGAGUCCAUGAAGAUAUCGAAAUGACCAAGACUCAAUCCAUUUAUGAUGACAUGAAGAACCACAGGGAAAGCAACUCUAAUCAGUGUGUCUACGCUGCGCACAACUCUGUCAUAGUAGAUGAGUGCAAGGUAACUCUGGCAGCCAAUGGAAAGUCAGCCGACUGCAGUGUUGAGGAAGAACCUUGGAAACGUGAAAAAUAAGAAUCUGACUCUCAGCAAAUUCUUGCAUAAGCUCCCCAGCGUAUCUUGUGGUAAAAGAUGACAUAAACAAGCUUUCUUAAAAAAGGAAAAAAAAAAUGCAUCUAUUUCUAUGUUUACUUAAUCUGUUAGCUGAGGCUUAGAGGAGUUAUUGUAAGUCAGUGAUGACAGGCACGGUGCUGUGUCUUUGCCAAAUAACGCUUUAUAAUCGUCUAAUUUCCUCACUGGUAUUAUGAUGGUUCGAAUGGAUGCUGCUGGGGGAAUCUGAGUUGAAGACACGUUCCUGCCAGCUUCCCUUUUCUGUCAAGAUGCAGAAACACGGAUGCUCUUUUCCCAGGAGCCGUGACUAACGCGGUGUGGUACACUCCGGGGACCUGGGAAAAUGAGCAAACGCAACGCCUGUCAUUCCUUAAAGUGUUCUCCCUGUCGCCCCCUGUUGUGCACAAGAGAUUCUGUUAGAAGCCUCUAGAAGGAAGUCCCCUCAAACGUCUUACAGAGUUUGCACAUGCAUUGAUUAAAAGCAAAUACCUGUCUUAGGGAACUCUAACAAAUUGUCGUCUAGGCACUCUUUAACAUAAAUGUUUCAAAGAGAGUUUUAGUGGGAGCCAGACUCUGAAAGGAGCUGAUUAUGGGGCCCAUUGUGUUUCUGUCCUACCCUAACUACUCCGUGUGAAUAAUGCUUGAAAUUUCAGAGUAUGUUUCAUAAUUGUCUCUAAAUGUGAUCAUGGAUUCAGAAGUAUUUUACAGAUAACCCCUGUACAUAUUGACAAAAGUAAGAGAGCACAGUCAACAUAAAGUUUCACCAGAUUUAAAUAUUCA